AUGACCCAUUUAACAGCUUCACCUCUUGGAAUGAUUCUAUCAACUCCUGCAACUGGCAAGGAGUUACAUGCGGCCGCAGUCAUCAAAGAGGGAAAUUCCAAUAUCACCUACUGCCCUGAGCUCAGAGUCAUUGACUUUGCAAGGAAUAAGCUUAUUGCGAAUAUUCCUGUUGAACUGGGCUCUUUAAAGAGGCUUGUAUGGCUUGCAGUCGCCGUAAAUCAAUUGACGGGAGGCAUCCCACCUUCUUUGGGGAAAUGUUUCUUCGCUCCAAGCCAUUUGCAAAGGUUAGAUUACUUUGGAGUAGUGGAAAAUAUUAUAUCUGGUACGUUCGCUUAUUCCCUUUACAAUAUAUCAACUUUGAGGACCAUUUAUGCCGGAGCUAACCGACUUAAUGGCACUCUUCCAGCCAACAUAGGCCUCACUCUCCCUAAUCUCCGUAUCUUGUCCAUUGGUAUUAACAACUUCUCUGGUCCAAUCCCAGUUUCAUUAUCCAAUGCUUCUCGGCUUCAAUUACUUCAUCUCGUGUAUAACAAUUUCGUGGGACAAGUUCCGACUGAUCUAGGAAACCUGCCAAAUCUCCAGAUACUAGGUGUUGAUGGGAAUAAUCUUGGAAGCAAUUCAGCAGGGGACUUGGAUUUCUUAACAUCUUUGGCAAACUGUACCAAACUGGAAAAGCUGGGUUUUUCUGAUAGCAAUUUUGGAGGUAGUUUACCUGAUUCUAUAGGAAAUUUGUCGGAGCAACUCAGUUCUUUAAAUAUUGCUCGCAACAAAAUAUCUGGAGUUGUUCCUGCAGCAUUAGAGAAUCUCAUCAACUUCAAUAUCCUCGUCAUGCAGGAUAACCUGUUCACAGGCCCCAUUCCUGUUUAUUUUGGGAAGUUUCAAAAGUUGCAAGGAUUGGCUUUGGAUGAAAAUAGAUUGUCAGGAGACAUUCCAUCCUCUAUAGGCAAUCUCACUCAAUUGGUCCAACUUCUCUUAUCAAAGAAUAAAUUGGAAGGAAGCAUUCCAUCAAGUUUGGGAAACUGCAUACGUUUGCAGUACUUAGUUAUUUCAGAAAAUAACCUUAGUGGAGCCAUACCCAAAACAAUUCUUUCUUCCCAAUUACUAGGACUCUACUUAUCACACAACUCAUUAACGGGCAUCCUACCUAUGGAAGUAGGUAAUUUGAAAAGCAUUGUGGAAUUGAAUGUCUCCGAAAACCAUUUGUUUGGUGAGAUUCCUACGACCAUUGGAGAUUGCUCAAGUUUGCAGAACCUUUACUUGCAGGGUAAUUCAUUUGAAGGAAACUUACCUCCAUCACUGGCUUCCUUGAAAGACCUUCGCUAUGCAGAUCUUUCACGAAACAAUUUCUCGGGAUUAAUUCCUAAAGAUUUACAGAACAUUUCUGUUAUAUUAUAUUUGAAUCUUUCUUUUAAUAAUUUGGUGGGCGAGAACUGCAAUUGCAAGUAUGCGAUGUCAAAGUUAUAA